AUGAGCGGUUAUCCGUAUUAUGCGAAUAACGCCGGUGCAUUAUCAUUCCCUGAAUGUUCUAGUCGACUCUCUAAUGUUGAGUCCAAAGUGGUAACGGCGACGCCGAGAAGAUACAAAUGCACUAUUUGCGUAAAGCGCUUCACUCGACCAAGCUCACUAGCAACCCACAUGCAUAGUCAUACAGGAGAGAAACCGUACAAAUGUAUGGUGGAAAAUUGCGGGCGACGAUUUUCUGUCGUCAGUAACCUACGCCGGCAUGCCAAAAUACACGUGAAUCAUUCAUAA